ACAUCGCUCUGACCCGCGUCCGCAUUGCGCUCCUGCAGUGGGAAGCUUGCGAGAAACUUGGGGUUGUUCCGCCGUCAUCCUCCCACCGACGAAGACGGGGAUCCCACUCAAGUCGCAAGACCGGAAUGGUCAUCGCCAGCAAGCACAAGGUCCUCUAGCUGCCUGUUUCCACUUUAGAUUACCUCUUCUCUCCUCCUCAACUCAAUCAUAUCGAGCCCUUCUCGCACCAUGGCUCCCCACACCACUGAGGGUUCCACGGCGACAGCCGUGGAGGGCACAACUCCGGAACACUGGAUCAUGGGCAGAAAGGAGUUCGAACGCCGCAUGCCACACCACGACGGCAUCAAGGCGCUUUGGGAAACCAGGUGGCGGCUUCCUUGCAGCAAGUCCGUCUACCCGUUCCACGACGGCGCGUACGAGGACUUCGCCCCCAUCUUUGAGGAGCUGAUCAAGCGAAACAUCAACGAUGCCUGCGUCCCGUCGUACACAGAGGCCUUCCUCCCCACUGCCGAGCGUCUCGCGUCCCUCGCCGAUAAGAAAGCCACCGCCAGUACCACCACCGCCGCAAAGGAGGCUUCGGCCCUGUACCUGCGUGCCUGCGCCGUCUACCGCAUCGCCCGGUUUCCGUACAUCACUGCGUUUCCGGAGGUGAACGACGCUGUCAAAUGGAGGGCGUGGCAGGCGCAGAAGGAGACAUAUCUGAAGGCCGGUCAGCUGUGGGAAUGUCCUGUGGAGGAGGUUUUGGUGGAUCACAAGCACGCCAAGGGCAACGACAAGGCCCAGAUUCCGGUCUACGUGAGGGUACCGAAGCUGGAGAAGGAGCAGAAGAAAAGAACAAAAUGCCCCGUAGUGGUCCUCAUGACUGGGUUGGACGGGUACCGGCCGGACAAUACGGUGCGGUGCGACGAGUUUCUGCAGAGGGGCUGGGGCUCCGUGGUGGUUGAGAUACCCGGCACGGCCGAUUGCCCCGCCGACAGCGCCGACCCUCAAUCGCCCGACCGGCUGUGGACGAGCCUGCUCGAGUGGAUGGGCAGCGACGGACGGUUCGACAUGAAGCGUGUCAUGGUCUGGGGCCUGAGCUGCGGCGGAUAUUACGCCAUCCGCAUCGCCCAUACGCACCGGGAUCGGCUGGUCGGGUGCGUUGCGCAGGGAGCCGGCUGUCACUACUUCUUCGACAAGGAAUGGCUCGAGAAGGUGGACGGGCACGAGUACCCUUUCGAGUUGACGCCUGCCAUGGCUAUGAAGCACGGGUUCAAGUCUGUCGAUGAGUACAAGGCCAAGGCCCAGAAAAAGUUCUCGCUUCUUGAGACGGGCAUCAUCCAGAGACCGUCGACCAGGCUGCUGCUGGUCAAUGGUACUCAGGACGGCCUCAUGCCCGUCGAAGACUCAAUGAUGCUGUUCGAGUAUGGCACUGUCAAGGAGGCUCGCUUCUUCUCCGGCGCGCUGCACAUGGGCUAUCCACUGGCCAAUGGAUCUGUGUACCCCUGGAUGGAGGAGGUCAUGGCCUCGGUGAGGGACUGAAGUCGAGAAUCGGUAACCUAGUUGUCCGCGUCGCUAUUUCCAUGCUGCUCUGUUACCUUUUAAUAGUGUUCCUUCCCGUCCGCGUCCAUAGGAAAAGAAAGUUCGUUGUUGGGCGCAAUCAGUUUCACCGUCCCAUCCAUCCACCGUCCACCACCAGGACGUGGCCGCUCACAUAGGCACUCGCCUUGCUUGCGAGGUAGACGGCCGUGCCCUUGAAGUCCUCGGGGCUCCCCCACUACGGAACAAACGUCACGUUAGCAUCGUCGUAACACGGACAGGUGGC